UCGAAUUACUGCUGCGAGUGUUUGUUUACUUCCGCUCAGUGGAGAAGUGUCGCUUGUCGCUGUAAAAUGCAGCAGCGGGAGGAGAAGCAGCUGGAGGCGUCUGUGGAGUCUCUGGUCACUCGAGUGGCUCAUCUGAAAGGUUCCCUGCAGAGUUUCAUUUAUAAACUGGAAAAUGAGUAUGAGAGGCUCACGUGGCCCUCUGUGCUGGAUAAUUUCGCCCUUGUGUCUGGGCAGCUGAACACCAUCAACAAGCUGUUGAGAAAUGAGAAGACCCCAUCAUACAGGUCACAGGUCAUCAUCCCUCUGCUGCUGUCUCCUGAUCGAGAUGAAGAGCUGGCGAAACUGACAGAGCAGCGAGUGCCUGUGUUCAGCCAUGAGAUCGUGCCAGAUCACCUCAGGACGAAACCUGACCCGGAGGUCGAGGAACAGGAGAAACACCUGAGCGCCGAAGCGGCCCGGAUCGGAGCUGAAGUAGCCCAGAAACAGAUCCAAACAUUGAAUAAACUUUGCUCAAAUCUUUUGGAAAAGCUGAAUAAUCCUCGUGACGACAGAGACUCUGAAACAUCAGCUUUAAGACAAAACAAGCCGUCCUUCAAUCCGGCCGACACUAAUGCACUGGUGGCAGCGGUGGGGUUCGGGAAGGGUCUGUCGAAAUGCAGACCACCUGGACCCGUGGCCCCGGGUCACCCUGGACAGCCGAUGAUGUCAGCGGGCCCCACACUACACCAGGUCACCGUCGCUGGAGCCUCGGGUCAUCAGGCUGGCAUGGGCGGACAGGUCACCCAACAGCAGCCUGGACAACCUGGUAAAAUGCCCAGCAAUAUCAAGACUAACAUCAAGUCUGCAUCCAUGCAUCCUUAUAACCGAUGAGUUUCAUGCAUAAAUGCGGCAUUUUGUAUUCCGAUGUUGUGAGAUAAAAAAGCUAAUUUGUUUUGUGCAUUUUCAAUAAACGAGUUUGUUGAAAUAA